GGUUUGGGCAAGGCUUCAAAAGCCAUCAGAAGGCGGCGGAGCUGCUCUGCUGAUAAAGCCGGCGCGCAGGAUCUGGGAGCACUCGAGGGGUGCGGGCAGCGCUACGUGACACGGAGGGAAGCAGCCGUGAUCUGCAGAAUAGAGAUCCGGACACUGUAGGAGUCCUGGCAGUUUUUUCUUUUUUUUUUUGGAAGGCUAUGUGCCAUUUUUCUGGCAGGGCACUCGCACGGCACAUAAUAAUAUCUCGUGAUCAUAAUUACCUGUUUUAAGUGCUUGGCGCUUUCGUGCUGUUCGCUGCAGCUUUGAUGUGUGCGCUGAUCACCGAUCAGAUUACAUGCGUUUGAUCGCAGACCUCUUCUGCUUUUGAUCUCGGAUCUCCCAAGCUCCCCACCCCCUCCUCUCCGUCACCGUCUCACCCGCCCUCAAUUUUGGAGGAUCCCCUAAUUUUGAAUGGUUUUUUGGACUGCACCGAUUUGGAGAAGGGAGAUUAUGGUUGUGAUUUUGUCAGAAAAAGUAGCGGAGCGGAACCGACACUGAGAGGGAAGCAAGGACUCUGCACUUUUCUGGCCAUGAAGCCUUCAAAAGUGUCCUUACGAAGUCUCCGAAUAUCCUGGAAUCAGUCCCUGAAGCAACUGCUCAUGUUCAAGCUCACGCUUAUCUGGGCUUGUCUGAUUGUGGCAGAAGCCGGAGAGAAUAUGGAGUGUCGAGAGCAAGAGUAUAGGGAUCAGGCAGGAAACUGUGUUGCUUGUAAGCAAUGUGGCCCUGGGCAGGAGCUUUCAAAGGACUGCGGCUUUGGCUUUGGUUAUGGCGUCGACGCUCAAUGUGUGCCCUGCAGGCCUAACAGAUUCAAAGAAGACUGGGGACUCCAGAAGUGCAAGGCCUGUUUGGACUGUGCUCUUGUUAACCGGUUACAGAAAUCCAACUGCACAGCCACUAGUAACGCCAUGUGUGGUGACUGCUUGCCUGGUUUUUACAGGAAAACUAAACUUAGUGGAUUUCAAGAUAUGGAGUGCAUUCCAUGUGGAGAACCUCCACCCCCUUAUGAGCCGAACUGCAGUAACCGAGUGAACUUGAUCAGGAUUCCUUCAACGGAGUCAAGUCCCCGAGAUACGGCGCUAGCAGCGGUCAUCUGCAGUGCACUAGCCACAGUCCUGCUAGCUCUCCUCAUCCUCUGUGUCAUUUACUGCAAAAGACAAUUUCUUGAAAAAAAGCCAAGCUGGCCCCCACGCUCACCUGAAUGUCCUUACAGCGACGCAGAGCUCUCGUGUUUUGACAGACAGAGAAUGACUGAGUGCUGCCACUGCCAGAGGGACCCAACACAGACUUGUGGGCCAGUCCACCUGAUUCCAUCUUUGUGCUGUGACGAGACGUGCAGUCUGGAGCGUGGCAGUGACGGCUGCCCAUUCCACUCUCAGAGUGGCCUCGAUGAAACAAGCAGUGAUCCAGUAGAAGAUCUCAUCCCAUCCUGCAUGGCUGCUUUUUCUAGCUGCUCUCGGGCAGAUCAUUCUGAAGUGCAGUCCUUGAUGCGACACUCAGCUGGCAGUGAAAGCCUUCCACUCUUCCUGCCCGAUGAGCCAGAAGCAGAGGAAAAUCAAAACCAGAAUUCGGAAGAUGAGACGAAUCCAGAUUCCCCUGUAAAUCAGGAUCAGCCGGAAUUAACCGAAGCCCACUCAUUAGAUAUUGGCGAACCAGAAUCAGAAUACAGGGGGGCCAGUGGCAAGAAGUAUUCAGAAAUUGGGACUUCAGAUGAUGAAGCCAAGUAGGCUAUGAACAAAGUUCUCUCUUGCCAAUGAGUUAAAGACGAGCUGGGAUUAAGUGCAGCAGCGUAUGAAGAAAUAAACAAACACCCGAGCGCAUCCACGUUCAUGGCAUUCUGUUCAACAGGAGUUUGGGUUCCACAGUGCUUGGACGAAGGGGGAGAUGCCUUGACUGGGCUGCUAUUGCUCCGUUUCCUAAAGCUGUUUGCUGAUUGGUGGACACCGUAGCAAAAACAAUGAUUGGAAGAGAGAAUCUGGCAGCACUUUUUGUUGAAAUGAAGACGCCAAGUUUUCCAUACUUUUUGUUUCACUUGAACCCUGCUUGGUGUUGCCCUUUCUCAGCACCCUUUAUCACUUUAUUUUUGGCCAUCUUCUUCACAAAUCCUGCGGACACCGGGAUCACUUCAGUCUGGCCUUUUCAUUUUGUUUGAUAAGUCAUCGUGCACGUUGGAUGUGUGAAUAAGCCAUAUCGACAGCAUUCACAAAGCGAUGAUCUGAGGAAGGUCAAGUAUACUUGAAGCUGUCCUGACAUUCUGACUGUGUUUUUCAUUAACCGUGGAAAUGAAUGUGGCUUAUAGCAAAUAGUCAUAACUAUUUCCUUAAACAUUUAAUAUUUCUAAAAUAUUUCCGUCCAGCUUUACUUACAGUUAGUAAAAGAAUGCUAUCGGGAAUGCUAUUUUGUUAAAGGCAGGCACUUCUUCUCUUCAUCGCUCCUGUGUUGUUCUCUGUUUCACUUUGCAAAUCUGUAAAGGACAACAAAGGAUUUUGUGAGCAGCUGUGCCAGUCAGGGCACUAUAAAGACUAGCAAUAGGCGCUUGCAUUUAAAUGUAGAUAAUGUAAUAUAGUAAAUAGCAAGUAUUUUUGUUUUUUUUUUUUAAUUCUUGAAUACACACACAAUGCUUCUAGUUGGUCUUUGGGCUUCACAUCCAAUGGAUUCAGAGGUGGUGUGUGUGUGUCCAAGUCCGUCCAUCCAUCCAUCUUUCCAUAUUCUCACCUGCUUGUGAGUCACUGAGGAACAUCGAGGCAAGGCAGGAACCAACCCUGGAUGAGGACCAGCCUAUCAUAGAGCUCACCCCACAGCCACGUCUAGUGCACCACCAUAUGUCGAAAUAUUAUAUAAAUAUGCCCGAAGCUUUUAGUGGGGGGAUCGAAUGUGCUCUUCCUUUCUGCAGGAGUUCACCGCUGCACAGUAGGUUACUGUAUAUGUUUGGUUUGAUUCAGAUAUCGUCCAAUGGUAGCCCUAAAGCAGCAGCUCCUCCUGUAAGAUCUGAACCAUCGUUAAGAGCAAAGUAUGAGGGAGAAAAAAUCCAGAAAUGAGAAGUUAAGUCAUGAGGUACUGAAGCGUUUCAUAUUUUUGUUCUUUUGAGCAAAACUGUUUGUGAUGGGCAACAAUAAUUACAAAAUGAUUGCAUUGGGGUAUUAAUUUAUACAGUGAGUGUAUUUAUAGUUCAGACUCCUUACAAUGCUGAACAAGAUGAGAGGGAAAGAAAAUGAAUGAAUGAACAGGUGCGUAUGAGGUACAGUCGAAAGUAAACUGCUAAGACAAGAACUGUGACCAUGUGAUGCUGGGGUGUUGGUAAACUGGUCUAGAAUUGUUUGCUGAACUUUGUUACACAUUAUAUGGACAUUGUGUUCAGUAACAUAAUGAAACCCUUUACACCAUACUGUGUAGGAGACCACUGUCAGGGCAGACUGCACAAGGGAGCUUCAGGAGCAGAUGAAAUGAAGCCGGAUCGGGAUCAUUUUAUAACAAUCGAAGUGUUCCUGCCCCAGGGUUCAUUCACACUCGACUGUUUCCCCCCGCCGGUAUUUUCAUAGCCAUAGCACAACCAUAAAAUCAACAGUUUGACAGUUUGGCCCCCUAUACCCAUCACCACAGAGGAUCACUGCGGGUUUGUAAAAAUAAAUGUGAUAUACAGCAGAUCUUCCACAUGAAGACAGACCAUCAUGCACAUGAGUGUGUUUCUUCCACAUGGAAAUCCCGCCCCUUAGCUGUUGCUUAGCAACCACAAUUUCCUGUUCCCAGUGUUUAAGGCUGACAGGGCAUCAGCCACACACACGCCAGUCUCUGUGGAGGAAAAGUGCUGUGCGGUCUGAGAGGGAUUCGGCUUACAUUAAAGUAUGUGGCCAUAUUUGUUCAAAUUGUUCUCUGCACAUGACCGGAAAUGACACCAGUGUUUGUUUUGUUUUGUUUUUUUUUUAAACAGGAUAAUUUUAUUUAAACAUAAAAUGACAGGCAGUUGCGUGAAAAUGCAUAUCGUCAAGGCCCAAAAACAUUGUAGUCAAAUCUGUGUUAACUUGCACCUCUGCAAACACACACGGGAAAGAGGCAUCUUGAAUCCAAAGCAGAUAAAUUAGGCAGCAUAUAAGCCACCUAAAGGCCAUGUCACAUGACGUGACUUUUCCAGUGAUGUUCAGACUUCAUUUACGUAAUCUUAGUGAGUUGAAGGCAGUGGGCAUCACGCUUUCAUGAACCCAGUCACGUACUGUGACAUGCCCAGCAGCUGGUUUGAGUUUGUGUUUAGUAGUAGAGGCAGGCAGUGUGUGCGCGAGUGCUGACAACCAAUGAACGGACAAUAUAUAGAGUGGAACGUGGGGGACCUCACACACAGAAGAAAACCUUGUCUUUCUGAUGUCACGCGUUUUACCAAAAAGGGGAAAAAAAUCAGAGCUGAACUCGUCGUACCGGUUAGCCCCUUGUAUAGCACCAGCUCCGGCAUUGUUACAAAAUGAGGCAAGCAACUGUGCCAGAAGGUCAGUACACGGUCAAUAAAUUUAACACGCUCAGUCAUGUAAAGUGACAUAGUCCAGCGAUGAGGUUAGUGGCGCAGUCGGCAAGUCUGAUUUACCCCAUGACAAGACAUCACUGUGCCAUUGGCUUUAGACAAGAACGUAAACACUGUACUUAAUUAAGUCCAAGCAUAUCCCAUAAAUAUACAUUUGUAGCCAUAGUUGCAGGAUUUUUUUAAAAAUUCUGUGCUAAAUCCAGCUGGACCUUGCAUAAGAUGCCUCAUGUUUGUCUGAACUGUUUAUAUUCAUAGUGUUCACCAUCCUGCUUGACGAAAUUUAGCAUUACGGUGCUGCGGCCUGUCCUGGGUGUAAUAUCAAUGGGAACCCCAGAGGCGGAGGUCUGCACUGAACUGAUUUUACUCUCCCGCUCCUGACAAAAUUCCAUGGAUUUUUCCUGCUUCCAAUGGAAUUUUGUUUACCUCCCUAAAAGGCUGUGGGUUUCAUUCAAGUAACUAUGUGUAGGGCACAGACUAUUUUAUGAGACUGCCUACAUUGUGCUCCCCUCUAAAACAUCAUUUUAACAAUCCAGAUGAGAAUGUCUAAGUUAUGAUGUGUGUAGCUCUCGUUAUUUUUACUUUUGAUGCGCUAAAAAACUUAAAUGUCAAAAUAGUUUUAUAUAGUUCUCCAUUUUUGGGGAUUAUGGAAGAGAAAUCGCAAAUCCUGUCACCCUAAUAAAUAAGCCUGCACUGGCUUGUGUGCAUAACGCCUGCAAUUAUUCAUUUGCAAAAAGAAAACAACACACCACCACCGCGUCACAGAUGCACACACACACUAGCUUUCCUUCUUUCAUAAGUGCAGCACUUUUGCAGCAAUUAUAGUGUCGAUUAGAACAUUGAUGAUAAAUUAUAACAGUAAUAUAACUAAUUAUAUGUUGUAGAGGUUAAUCUAUGCUGUUCCAGCCUGCUCCCGACCACAGGAAUAGUGGCUAACUACCCACGUCACUAAAUCUUUAGUCUGAUCCCAUGGGAAUGCAGACCUCUGCCAGAUGGUUUGCUGCCGCUGACGGGGCCCUCUUACGCACACACACGCGCACACACACACACACACGUCUAGGACCAGUCGAGUCAGCCUGAACUGAAGUUCCCAGAGGGAAACGCCACACAUACUCUGGUAGAACAAGCAGACUUCACAAAGUCAAUGACCAGGCGAUAGAUUCAACCCCAAGAUUCUGGCCAUGUGAUGCAGUGCCAUCGUGCUUCCCCUUAACAACACUUUACUUAUUUAUAUUCUUUUAAUGUGCAAUUUGAAGUCAUCAGGUCGUCACCGAGUAAGUCCUUCCACAUUGGAGUUUGGUAGCAUUUGAUCAAACCAGAGCAGAGUGGAAAUGUGCCUCAAGACGCAUAACCGAUGCCAUCUGAACCGCAUUUAAACCGCUGGCUGUGCACUUCUUGUAGCAUGGUCCAUCAUGGUGAAGGUUUGACCAAGCUUUACUUUACAUGUAUAUACUGUAAACGUCAUUCCCGUGGUGUCCGAGGCACUGCGUUGUGCUGCGCCUUUUCUACUCUCCACCAGCAGACGAUGACUGUACCCUUCUAGCGCAGUGUGUGUGUAAUGAGUGGGACGCUGGACUUCACAUCGUAGCGUUUAAAACUCUCAUUGCUACCCCAAGCUUGGCAUUCAACCCCCUGUGAACAAAUUCUUAUAAAAAAAUAUAAAGUGUAAGUUAGUUAGUAAUGUGUUCAGAUCUUGUAAGGGUACAAGUAUUUAAAACGUCUGAUAAUAAAUACACAACCUAUUAUUUGUUAAACAAUUCUGUACGUGUGUGUGCCAAAAUGGCAUCAUGUGAAUUUUCACAGUCCGAAGGAGUUUUAUUUGGGUGGCAUGCGUUUGUAUGUGUUAUUAUGCACAUCAAAUAGAAGAAUAUAGCGUGUGGCGGUCCAAAGUUCUCGAGCAGCUGGCCUCAGAAUGUGCGUUUUUAAAUCUCUAUAUUCAUACACACGUACACUCUUGAAGAAAAUGUCAUUUGUAAAUAAACAAAGCUGUGCAAAUCCCUUUCUUCUUGUAAUCUUUUGAACAAUGUUUGUUCUUUUUCCAUAAAGGAGAAUGUAUUUGUAGAAUAAAGCAUUUUUUUUUUUUUUAUCGAUUCUGCUGCAGUCUCUGUUUUAAAUGCAACAUACUUUGGAGAUUUAAAAUUUCCCUUUAGGACACACAGAUGAUAUUUCGUCUCUCCCUGUCAAAGAGCACAGGUGUCCCUCCCUCAGCCUUCACACGCAACUUCGUUGUUUCAUUACGCUGCUGUUGCUUGAGGCUUUCUAACAAAGCUUCCAGUAGAAGUGUGUACGUUUUUGAUUCCUGAACAAGGACCUUAGGGGGCUGAAAGUGAAGUUGAUGUGACUGCCGCCUGUGAAGGUUUGGGGGCCAUAGUGGCAUGGCAUGCAAAUGCGUAAACUGUAGAUGUUCCCGUUUAUGUCACCAAAGGAUGGCCAUCUCAGGGCUUCCAUUUCCAAUAGCACAGUAUUAAAAUGCCCUUAGGGGGGAAAAAUAUAGUAAUUUGCUUGAUUAGAAGAACUAUUAAGUUUUAUCAUCCUCCCUUCUAGAUUAGUUGAUGACAGUGUCCUUGUAGAGCAAGUUAAGUUAGGGUGAGCUUUUCUGUAAGGAUGAAUGCAAAAUCAAGAAAACCAGACUGACCUCACUGUCUUUUUAGGAGAGGACUCCCUUAGGGAAAGCUGCGCCUCAUUCCUAUAGACAGAUGUGAACGAGGCAGACUGCUUAAUGAUUCCAUUUAGGUGCGCAAUUACCAGCCGACAUUUUAAUUACACAAUUACAUCAUUAAACAAGUAAUCUUGUAAUCGGUGCAUUUACCUUGGUACUUUCCUCAAAUUUAGGAGUGCAGAUGUUUUCCAGGUAAUAGUAUCAUUCCCAGAUCUUUUGAUUGAUCAUCUUAAUUGCAUCUCUCAUUGUUUAAUCAGCAUGGGGAAAUCUUUGCAGUCAAAAGUAGAAAAGUGAAGUUCAAGAGAAAACUUGAACCGCCCAGCACAUCAAAGGUCUUUCGCCUUCUCGAAUCUUUGCAUUUUCUGCAACUCUGCUCUGAUGCUCAUGAAUCCAAAGAGGUAACUUGGGCAGUGACCCACGUGGAACUUCUUUAUGUGUGAGAACGCAUGUUGAUCUAAACUGUGCCUUGCUGGGUUCAUCACAAUUAAGCGAGAAUCUGGAGAUUUGGGGGAGCUCCGGUUCAGUCUUGGUGGGGCUCACUGGCUGAUCCAAUUACUUAAAAUUAAAAGACAAUCAUGGGUGACAAUG